CGAAUAAUACUACUCCUAGAUCCUUUUGUUAUCUAUUUAAGGACCUGACCACAGCUGAAACCUCACUGCCAUUGUUAGACACACUGGUCUGGAAUCAAAAACCUGUUUGUGUUUAUCUGAGCUUUGCAGGACAUCAUGGGUGGGAGGAAUAUUGGAGUUGCUGUGGACUUCUCAUCGUGCAGCAAAGCGGCUCUGCGAUGGGCGUCAACCAACCUUGCCAGGAGCGGUGACCAACUCGUGCUUAUCCAUGUCAACAAUUCCUACCAGAAUGAGCAAGGAGCGAUGCAUCUCUGGGAACAGAGUGGUUCACCGCUCAUCCCUCUGGUAGAGUUCUCAGACCCCCAUGUCACCAAGAAGUACGGACUGUUGCCGGACAAGGAGACACUGGAGAUCCUGGCCCAAGUGGCACAUCAGAGCGGGGUUGAGGUGUAUGGGAAGAUAUUCUACGGCGACCCGACCAAGAAGGUGUGCGAGGCAGUCGACCUGGUUCCCCUCAGCUGCCUGGUCAUCGGAAGCAGAGGUCUGAGCACGCUCAAGAGGGCUCUGAUGGGGAGCGUGAGCACCUACGUUGUCAACCACGCGGCCUGCCCGGUCACGGUUGUGAAGGAGAACAUGUAGGCGUACCUGCAGCUUGCUACUGAUGAUUAUACGCCGUCUGCAACCUCGAAACAAGGAGAUAAUACCGUCCGCGAGAACGAUAGUACUGUAACGUCUAUGCGAUAGCAUGUAAGCCCAUAUACUGGUAUGGCAAUAAACUGUGCUCGGCGUGCACUCAUGUUCUGUAUCUUGAAAAAGGCACAUAGUUCACAUCAAUACUGUUGAAUUGGACUCUGAAUGUAAAA